AGAUGAGAGGACAGGGAUGUCCCUCCACGUCUCUGAGGGCAGGAGGCUGGGGCUGGCUGCCUGCUAGAGAUUUUCGUAGGGUUUUCUCAUGGGCUUCCCGGCUGCCUGGAGAUCUGCUGCAGUCUUCCCUCUUUGCUUUCUUGUGGGCAGAGCAGAUGCUGAGGGGAGUAAAAUGCUGAGGAGGAGGAGGAGGAGGAGGAGGAGAGCUUGAUCCACACGCAGAGGGAAGGGAGCAGUGAGGGCUGGAGGAGGGAGGAGGGCGGCAGAGCAGCUGCUGGGUUAAGCAGCGGGGCACAGCCCGCUCUGUAAUGGCUGUGGGUGACCCACAGAGCUGUCUCUGGAGCCACGUGCCCAGGCUGGCCAGCCCCAGGCAGGGCCACAGCACCCUCUGCAUGAGCUGAGGCUGGGCCGAUGGCCCCAUCUCUGCCCGCACGGGGCAGAGCGCAGGGCCUGUGCCCUCUUUAGCUUCUAUCAGCAGCAGCCGUAGUUUCUCCACGGCAAGCAAGGCCUGGCUCUUGCGAGAUACAUCUAAAUUAACGUGCGCACAAUCUAAGGAGAUCUAUAGUGCAAGGGCUUGUGAAAAUGUAUGCUUGUUUUCUGGUACAAGCAAGGGAAUUUUUGGUUCCAAGAGUGUCGUCGUUAAUGUUAAUGGUGGUAAGGGCUUCACGACAUUCGUGAAGCUCCAGUGUACUUUCCGGUUCCCGGAGGGGAGGAAGCGACGGCGGCUUGAUAUUGCCCUGAGCACACAAGGGCUGUGCAAUGGGCUUUGGGAAGGGUAGAGGAGAGAGAGCAGCGCCUUACGCAGACUGUAUCUUGUUAUCUCUUAGUGCGUCAUGUGAAACGAAGUAAGACCAAUGGAAAAAAUGCUGGAGGACUGAUGGGAACCCAAGCAGAGUUCUCACAGGCAGCUGUAAAAUGACCUGCAAAGUGUCCCGUAUGGCCAGAAGAAUUGCGCUGUGCAAGCUUUGUUUUCCCAUUUAUGAAACCAGCGAUCAUUGUAGGAACCCACGGCACCAGAUAGUUGCAACUCCUCUGCUUCUCUAGGUUGUUGUCUAGAUAAAUAAUAAUGGCUCCUUGCUCAGGGCAAACUUGGGGUUUAGGCUGCCAUACCCUGAGUAAAAGGUGAGGAGCUUGAGGCAGCCUUCCAUUGCUUGCUCACUCCCUCCCUCCAGGUGGGGGAACGGCAAGGAUGGUCUGAAACACAUGUCACUUGGGAUAACAGGAAAGCAAACUGCAGAAGUCUUUAGAGGCUGUGGUGCUUGAUAAGAAGGGAAAUGAGCUAAAAACCACAGUCCCUGCUCAGUGCAUAUAAAGCAUACACUUUUCACAGCAAUCCAGCCUUUCAUAUUAGAGUUACACACAGGCUGUUAUCCUUCCACACCAAGAACCAUGAGCAGCAAUCUGGCCUGUCUAAUUGGGAUUUGAGCUUUCUUAGCAAUAUUAGAAAAGCAGAGCCUUUUGUACCUUUGGCCUCCAAUACCCAACUAUUGUACUGAUACUUUUUAUUGAGCCCAUAUCCUCGUACGUAUUUAGAUAUCUGCCUCCAUUGAGAGUUUUCUGUCUUUUAAGAAAGAACUCACCCAUUCAUGUGAACGUACCUACUUUUAAUCUAGUUUUAAUCAGUCUAUAACUUUUAGACUUUUGUAAAUUCUGCUAGCAGAAUUCCACAUUCCAAAGACUCUUUCCUUCAGAUAUCCAAUAUGCGUCAGACCUGCAGGCUACCUGACCAGCUGUAAACACCAUUUACAAAUAUUUGUGAUGCUCAGGAAGAUUUCUAGAUGUCAUUGGCCAGAGAUCUAAGUAGAAGACAAUAAUCUCUGUGUCGGACUGUCUAACUGCAUGCACAGGUUGAUCAUGUAUGGACUGGUAUGACCAUGUAUUAGCUACUGCUAGUGGAGACUUUUUAACUCUUUUAUCUUUGUUCAAUCACAGUUCAUCUGAGAGGCUUUAAAAUGUGAUUUAGGAUCAUGCAGGACUUGGCUGUAAAUAAUAAGGUUUGGACCAAGUCAGAGUUAACUGGAUGGUUAGUCUGCCUCUGCAGUGUUGUGCUCUCUGACCACCACUGCUGCUCUCGUCAAGCAACUGAGGCACUUCACCAAUGGCAUUGCAGAAAGCUGGUCUACAGUACUCAAGGCAAGAAGAUAAGUAAAGACUAUGGAGCUGUAGCUUUUCUCCCAGGUGCCCUCUUUCACCAGACUGAUGUUAGGCUGACCUUAGUGCUAGGUGAAUGCACUCCUGUUCAAUACAAAAGGAAAACACUUCUCUACAGGAAUUUCCUGGGCAGUUUUUAAUAAAGGAGCACACACUUCAUGCCUUGGAAUACGGAACUAACAAACAAUGAAGGGCUGAGCUAAGGGUAUCUGCUUAGGCAAGAGUAUCUGAAGGGGGGGAGCUGCAAUUUUUUUUACCGAAGCACAGGCUGAAGUCAGACACAGCUCUGCAGCGCACCACAGCUUACGCUGAAUAGACUGGCCUUCAGAGAGUACUGUGUACAAUCAUGUUAUGCUCCGCAGAGCAUCGUUUGCUCCAUUCUUCAUGGAGAGCUAAGGUGAGGAGGCCAAGCUUCAAAGAUCAAGAGAAGUGAGCUGAGGAGAGGACUUUGCAUCAGUGUAGUUUGUGAUUGAAGCCUAGGAGAGAAUACACUCCAGUAAGAAGUUACAUGGAAGGAAAGCGGCUUGGGACACUUUGGAAGAACUGUUUAAUGGGAAAGAUGACUUAAUAAGAUUUCUGAGAGCUAUGAAAGAGAGCAAACUGCAUAGGCAGGAUGCUGAACAAAACUGAACAGAUCUUUGUGCUAAAGGGAGCGGUAUGGGGCUAGCGGUACAAACAUAUACCUUCUUGGCACUGCAUCGGGCAGAAUGGGAUGAUAGGCCAUCAUGAAUGGCUCUACUGCUCACAUCAGGAUGAAGCUGUGGGACGGUGCCUGCAUCAGGAUCCCCAGCUCCACAAGGAGCCUUUGGCCUGGCCAGCCAAGCAGCCAGGGCUGUGUGUGCUUUCCCCAGCUCAAUCCAUUUUCCCUCUCUACUCCAGGCAACAUCUCUCAGUAGCACUGCCUGGGCUGUAGCUCCCAGCUCCCAGCUCACGAGUUCCCUCUUUGGGGAGCAAUUACAUCACGGCCACUGCUCUGGCUUAGCUCUUGGAGCACCAUCUCUGGUAAAGUAGUAGCAACCUCAUGGUGUUACAGUAUCACAGUAGCCUCCUUGCUGGACUCCAGCGCCAGGCCCCAGUUUGUACACACCCCCUCAGAAGGUGGCGGGUAGCCCAGGCAUUGGGAUUUUGCCCUUCCCUGUGAAAGGCCAGAGGUUUUACAUAGCCCUGGACGGUGGUAGCCUUGGGCUGGCUGUAGUGCUUCCUCUAGCCAUGCAGGCAGUUGCCUCGUGCUUGGAUGACUGUUGACUGACUCCCUUGGUUAGGCUCAGCUCUGGGAGGGCCCCCUCUGGUACAAGGUGACAACCCCAUGUCAUCACUGCAUCACAAAUGUUGCCUUAGCUUAGCUGUGGCAGCAUCAUCGCUGCUGAAGAGAAGAAAACCCUGUGUCAUCACCGCAUCACAAACGUGAGCCAGCGUAUAUGUCGGGAGGAUGGGUGUCACUUUGCCUCUGAGCUGACAGGUGAAGAGAGCUGAAAGAGCAGGUAAGCACACUGAGCUGAGUCCGGCAGCUCCUCACCAAGGUCUCUGUGGCAGGGUGGGCUCUCGCUGUGCUUGUGGGCAGGCCCAGAAACUCAGGGUCCAGCAACCCUUGCAAACUCAUUUGUGUGGAUGCGGCCUGGUGUCAAUAGGAUCAAAGAGAGUGAUUUGAGCUUCCCCUCACUUUAGACAUAAGGCUGAAAUACAAAGGAUUCUUGAAAGGGUAUUGGAAACCCAGCAGUGUUUGGGGUAGAUUUUGAGCCUGGCUUGCAGAUAAGAGAGCAUCCCAGUGCAGUGCCCAAAGCCCAGUGGGGAAUAAAAAGGGUCUUUGGCUUGGGAAGCAACAAAGACAGAGAGCCUGGGAGCAGACGCUGAAAUUGUUCUUUUAGGAUUGUUCUUCUCGGCGUGUUUUCAGAAGAUUGUUGCUGUCGAUCCUAGACCCAGGGACCACAGGAAGGAGAAGGAGGUUGCCCUUUGCCUGUGUGCAGACCUGGCGCGUGAGAGGGAGGUCUGAUCCCUGAGAAAUGAACUUUUCCCCCAUCGCCAUGGACGGUGUCAUCUCUCCAGCUUUCCUGUGGUUCCUGAUGCUGGUGCUCACCUUCUACCUCCUGCUGACCUUCAACAAGCACAAGGAAGGCAGCUGCAAGAAGAGAAGGUGGAGGGGCAGCGAUGAGGAGCCCAGAGGUGAGCGGCUCCUGGGCAAGGGCAGGUGCCCUGCAAAGGAAACCCUGAGACCCCACACAUCCACCGCCCCGCUCUGCCUCUGCCGGGGCUCCUGUGAGGGACUGCCCCAUCCGCUCACUUGCCAUCUCCCCUUCCAGCAGCCUUUUCCCUCUGGGAGGAAGAUCCAGAGGAGUCUUCAGGGUCCUCUGGGUCCCAGUAAGUGGAGCCCUUCCCUCUGUAGUGCAGCAGCCCCCUCUGGGAGCCGCCAGCAAGAGAGAGCCCAUUCAUACUGCCCUCUGCCCACAUGCAGAUACACUGGAGUCCUGGAGAUGCUCAUCACGGAUCGCUGGGAGAUGGACCUGAACUUUGAUAACAUAAUCAGAUCUGUGAAGGAGGCCUCAAAGAGGCUCACCUGGAAGGCCAUCAACAGCAGCUCCAUCACUUGUGACUCAGCAAGUGAAGCCAGCUUCUCUUCAGGGACGUCUUUCUCCCCUGCUAGCGAUUAUUCCCUCACUUCAACUUUGGGGAGCCAAGCCAGCUCUUUUUCAGGGGAGUCUUUCUCCUCUUUCACUGAUGGAGAAGGUCUGGCUCAAGGCUCUAGCGUGCAGCCUGUCCUCGCGGAUCCCCGGCCUAGCCAGGAGAAGCAGCAGGACCUGGCGACUCGCCCACCUGGCAGGGAAGUGGGGGCCAGCUGCCACAUGGCUGGCAGUGGCCUGCAGCAGCAGCACCUUGAGGUCCACCUGGAUGUGCCCCCCCAAUGCCCAGGAGUGUUGGGCUUCCACGUCGGGGAAACGGAGACAACUUUCUUGUACCCUGAUGCCCAAGAAGACUUGGAGGAGCGUGUCCAGAAGAAGAAACUUGAGAUGCAACUGGGGCUGCCGGCUGCUGUCUGCAAAUCCCUGCACGCCGACCUGUCCUGGCCUCCUAGCCCACCACCACUGCCUGCAAAGCCAGACACGGAGCAGGUUUCCAGCAUGCAGAGGCAAACCUUCCCAGGCAAAGCCGAGUUCAGUGCUGUGGAGUUGGAUUUCAGCUGGAAUGGCAAGGAGAGCUUGGAGUGUCUCAUCCAGGAAAAUGAAUGGCAGCAGGAAGCAGGCCUGUCAGCCAGUCUGGGUGAACCUCAGCAGGAGUUGCCAAGCUCAGCUCCUCGAACACCUCAGUGGCAUGCUGAGCCUGAUGAGGUGGUGGUUCCCAGCGUGCAGGAGCUGCCCUUCCUCGACAACACUGUCAAAAAGCAGCUAGAGCUGUACAUCAUAAAAAUGCAGAUGAAACAGUGCUUUGGGCCACCAGCAAGGAUCCCGGCCUGCAAGAAGGUUGCGGCCCCUGUCGCAGGGCAAAAAGCCUCCCAGCCUCCCCCUCCACACAGAGGUGCUGGGCUGCCAUAUCACUCCCCCUUGCAGCACUGGACCAGGCAUGCUCAGACCAGGUGCUCUGCAGAAGAGCCCCCAGGCCCCAAGCAGGAGAAGAGCAGGUGUCCCACAUCUCCCAUGAUGAGAGAGCAGAGACUCAGCUCUCAGAGCAGGAGGCAGCCAGAGGAAGAGAGCCCUGAAGAAGAAGAGGCUACAGACCUUGUCAUGGCAUGCCCGGGACAGCAGCAGGGUCAAGCCUGCUCUGCUCCAAGUGCUUUCCUGAGAGCAGCACAGGAGAUGUCUUGGAAGGACAAGGAGGUAUCAGCCUGCAAAAGAGAGCGUGGGGGAACAGCCAGCAGCAGCAAGGACACUGAGGAGUCCCUGCUGGCCACCAGCAGGAAGGAUCAGGGUCCUGGGACACAAGGGGAUGUGCGCAGCCCUUGCCCUCCCAGCCAGGCAGAGCAGGCGUUGCUGCAGAGCGAGGAAGCUCACCAGGGGCAACUGUGGCAGUCCCAUGAGAGCUGGAGCAGCUCCAGUGAGGACAUGAGGACACCAGAGCUGCCAUCAAAGAAGAGUGUCCCCCAGGAAAAACACAGCCAGUCCUGCGAGAGCUGGAGCAUCUCCAGGGAGGACAAGGAGACACCAGAGCUGCCAGCAGCCAGGAGAGCUCCUCCAAGAAAACGUUCCCAGAAGAGACAACACAGUGAGGAGGGCCCCUCAGCUCUGCCACCGGCUCCAGCCCCUGCAGGGACCAGUGUUCCAGUCUCCCAGCUGGAAGGGCUCCUCACAGCCCUCAUCGAUUCCCACAAGGCCAGCCAAGCUGCUCACAAAGCGCAGAACCAGCUGCUGGAGGAAAUGUUGGUGUGGCUCCCAGACAAGGCUGGGGCCCCAAGGAAGGACACGACAGGAGGGCACCCCGUUGGCUCACGGCGCUGCAGACAUGUGGCUGAAAGCUGCCCUCACUGCAGGGGACGGAGAGCAGUGCAGGAUGCGCCCGUGCCGGCUGCCUUGCCCACCAAUAUCACCACAAAUAUGAGCAAGGACAGAAAUCGCCAAAGGAGUCCUGUCUUUAAGCUGAAAAUGAGUCUGGAGCAAGUCUGCCAAUGGGUAUUAACAGAGGAGCCAGAGCAGGGGAAGGGCAGGGGAAACCCCAAGGACAGAGCCAGCUCCAGGAGACUCUGCCCCAAAUGCGGUAAAGCUCGGCGCCAGAGACUCUCCGGCAAGGAAGGCUUGCAGACCUCACCUCCAUCUGAUGCUGCAGCCCUGGGCGCAGGAAGAGCAGGACACAGGCACCCACCCCAGGGCAGGGGCAAGAGGCAGCAGGGGCAGGAGGAAAGGGCUGCCGCCACCCAGCAGGCAAAGGGGCUCCAUCUUUCCACAACUUCAUUCUUGCGAGCUGGGCAGGCGGGGUCUCAGCCACACCAGGCCCUCACCAGGCCUCUGCCCUCACAUGUGGCGCCUGGGCACAGGACACUGGAGAGGGAGACACCACCUCUGCUGGGCAGCAUCUGCUGUGGGCUCAUCCUCAUCCUGCCGUGCCUCGAGAGAGUCUGUGCCAAGCUCCAAGAAAAAUCAAGGCCUAAUUUGGCAAGAACAAGGAGAGGGGAGGAGCUGCAAGGGCAAAGGCACAGGCUUUUGGAAGCAGAGCGCCAGCUCCCGCAGGGAUCUCCAGAGGAGAGCAACAGCAUGUGACAGUGACACGCCAGGCUGCAGAUGCUGCGCUCCUGGACUGUGCAGGUGGAGCAGGGCCCAACGGGGCAUGGACCCAGUGAGCAGCAGCUCCCGGCCGGGCCCUCCCAGGGAGCAGGAGCUCUCCUAAUAAAGUCACGUCCAUUGAAAUAAG